AUGGAGAAUUUUGCGUUUUGGUCUCUUGUUUGGACUGAUGGCGAAGAUCACUGGCACUACAGAUAUCCAUCCCGCCGCCUCCCCGAAGACACGUCCGUCCUUAUACCGCAUGCUGUCAAAAUACCCCAAUCCUACUACCGGGUUCCGAUCUCUGCCGGCAUCGCACUUACGCCCACGCCACUUCCGGUACCAGAAGACAGCUUCAUCAAGACUUAUAACCUUAUAGAAUAUGAUCCAGAGACGUCGUCUCAGAGCAGCGCGCUUGCAGAUCUGUUGCUUCAAGAGGCUCAGGUCUGUGAGAUCCUCGCAAAACAUCCACAUCGUCAUGUCUGCGAGUAUCGUGGUUAUGUCCAAAAGAAUGGGAUGAUCACGGGCCUGUGCUUCAAGCAAUACGGAAAGAACCUAUAUGAGGCUCUGAGAGAUGGAGAUGUCAUCGAUCAUAGGAAAAUCCUUGAUGGGGUGAAAAGCGGUUUGGAGCAUCUUCACGCCCUCGGACUCGUCCAUGGAGACAUCAACCCCGCCAAUAUACUCUUAGAUUCGACCUCUGCGCCGAUCAUCAUUGACUUUGAUUCUUGUUGUCGACAAGGCGAGCGCAUCGUCGGCAAAGGCGGUACGUUCGAGUGGUCGAAUGAUGCAGAAACCGCGGAGGUAGAGAAUGACUUCUACGGCCUUGAGAAGAUUGCGGAUUGGCUGCUCAAAAGGGGUGGGGAGGACCAUGACUCCGAAUGUUGA